GUCCAGUCAGCCCCACACUCGCAGACAGUCAUCAUUUUGACUGACUGGAUCAGGACGGCCCAGUUCGCAUCUCACUGCUCAGGUGCUGACCCAGACUGGGAGGCGACCUCCUUUCAGCAGCGAAACCUCCCAAGUGGCUUCUCUGGAGGGCUGGCAAACUUCCGGUAUUUGUCAUGAAAAAUCCAGCGGAGCCAAGCAGAGACGGACUGGACCAGUAAAAGGAAGAUGUGCGGAACCCGAAGACUGGGCCACAGAUAGACCUCCAGCCUCCAAAGCCCCACAUCCAGCCACAGCCCACCUGCUCACUUUUGGGAUGUUUGUCAUCAUCUGACAAAGGAGCAGAGCACCAUCAGCAUCCUCUAUGAGAGCACCUUCUCCUCCUGCACCAGCCCAGCAUCCCGGCCUCUGACUCGCCUUUUCCGGCUGCCUAGGGUCUGCCGUUGGGGGGCAGCCGACAGCCGUCCAAGACGCCGCGAGCCGUACUCCGCGUGAAGAAUGCCCAGCCGCGCUUGGCCAAGCCGGCCGACCCGGGCCCGGCGGCGGGCCUCUACAUGGAGCGCUCCCAGAGCCGCAUCAGCCUGUCCGCCUCCUUCGAGGCGCUCGCCAUCUAUUUCCCGUGCAUGAACUCCUUCGACGAGGACGAUGGCGUGGAUAACGAGGGCAGGAAGCUGAAGGGCGCCAUCCAGAGGAGCACAGAGACCGGUCUGGCCGUAGAGAUGCCCAGCAGGACGGUCCGCCAGGCCAGUCACGAGUCCAUCGAGGACAGCAUGAACAGCUAUGGCUCGGAGGGCAACCUCAACUACAGCGGCGUGUGUCUGGCGUCCGAUGCCCAGUUCAGCGACUUCCUGGACGGGAUGGGACCGGCCCAGUUUGUAGGCCGGCAAACACUAGCCACAACAUCUAUGGGUGACGUGGAGAUCGGCCUGAUGGAGAGGAAUGGUGGUUUGGAGGUGGAGGUGGUCCAGGCCAGAGGACUCACCAUGAAAGCGGGUUCUAAAGGACCUCCAGCGGCCUACAUUAAAGUUUAUCUCCUGGAGAAUGGCAUGUGCGUGGCCAAGAAGAAGACCAAGUCCAUGAGGAAGUCUCUGGACCCACUCUACAACCAGGUCCUGGUCUUCUCCGAAAGCCCUCAGGGGAAGGUGGUCCAGCUGAUAGUUUGGGGCAACUACGGACGCAUGGAGCGCAAAUGCUUCAUGGGCGUGGCCCGCAUCCUCCUGGAGGAGCUGGACCUGAGCUCCAUGGUGAUUGGCUGGUACAAGCUCUUCCCUACCUCGUCCAUGGUGGAGCCCACCAUGGCGCCGCUCAUCCGCCACUCGUCACAAAUGUCCCUGGAGAGCGCCAUGGGGCCCUGCUGCGAGCGCCCCUGAGGACGACGACCCACAGGUCACCUUUCUGUCCACCCGGGGCUAGCCCGCGUCCACACGGGGCCGUCUCUGAAGAAGAUGGCUUGUGGACACGUUCGGGACUGAGGUGCCGUCGGAGGCUAAACUUUGGACGUGUUUUUCUCUCUCGGGACCACUUAAAUGAGGAUGCUGUUUGGACCGACAGAACGCUGCGGGCUCAGCUCUGCUUCUUCACGUCCAUCGGGACCACCCGAGACACUCGCUGUUGUCUUUUAGCUUCCACGGUGUGUGUGUGUGUGGACGCUCUGGACACAAGCUGGAGUUUUGUUUUCCUCGUUCAAACCACGCAAUGUUUCACCAUCAGACCAAGUUGGCUUUGUAGCAACGUCCAACAACAGGACCUUUGCAGGGACAAGCGUGUACAGUGGUACCUUGGUUUUUGUCAUUAAUUCGCUCCAAAAUGUCUGACAGAAACUGACACGUACGAAAACCGAGGCAGUGUACACAUUUUGGCGAGAACAGCCAUCAAAAAGCGAAUCAUACGAAAACUGGGGCGUAUGAAACGUGAGGUUUGUAUCUUCACAUUCUGAGAGGGUUUAUCAACACCACUCCCCAAAAAACCUCACAAAAUUUGCAUCCUUUCCAAUGAAGGUGAGUCUGGGGGUGUCCAAAGUGCGGCCCGUAACUCGUCUAUUAUUAUUCUACAGAUAAAAUCCAACACUACACAUCAAAAUAUUACACAGAAAAGAAACAAAAACAUCCAAAAUGGCCGACUUAAAGUGCAUCUUAUGCUGUUUGAUGAUUUUUGUGCGUCCUGUCGUGAUGAACGUGUAUUAGAUUUCCUGUCAAGCGAACACCUCUGCCUGGUAUUUCGGGUUUGCGUCCUGCAAUGCGUAAGUUUUCACUAGGAUACACAUUACACGUACGUUUUCUAGUAUUUUACAGCCCUCAGAAAUCAAUGUGAAAACGUUCCUUAUUAAUCUGUUCCAAAAUGUCCAUCAUGAAUUGAAUGUUAUGAAAAAGAAAUAAUGUAAAUCCAAAUAAUGUGUUACACAAACCGAAAAAAUGAACAGAAAACACACUUUUAUGAAGCAUAAUUAUAGUUUUUCAUGCAGAACACAAUGCAAAAUGCAUAUAAUCAAUGAAUGAAAUGGCUCAAUGAACAUUUAACAUCGAUUUUACCUUCAUUGAAGACUUUUGGCAAAGAUGGUGGAGAGCGGCAAGGGAGGAGGGGAAACGAGAGCCACACAAGACAUUACCUUUGUCUUCUGGUACGACUUCUUUCUUGAAUUUAUUCGGAUUUCGCCUGAGCUUUUUGGAACAAAAUGAUAACGGAAACCGAGGUGCCACUGUAUAGACAUAAACGCUACCAGUCAAAAGUUUGGAGUCACUUUCUCAUACAAUAACAUGGUAAAGUGUCUGCAAACUUUUGACUGGUCGGUUACACAUUCUGUUUGUUCUUAUUUUGUACGCGGACAAAAACGUUUUACGCUGCAAAAAAAAAAAAUUAUUACAUAAAUAUAACCUACUAACUUAUCAACAAACCGACAUCCUCCUCUAAGCUUUUUUCCUCCCACUCCCAACAAUCUUUUCGGAUUACUUCAACUUUACUCUCAUAAAUUGCAACUUUUGUCCAAUAAAACUAACCUCCAAAUGUCACUGCAAAGUGACUUCAUCAGCUAUGUGUAAUUAAAAGAAAACAACAACAACACGAUUGUCAUUUGAAGGGAAAAUUAGUGCAAGUGUUCUUACUUCCUGGUUGUUGGCCCCGCCUCCUAAAAUUUGCCCCCUCACAUUAUCAUGUCUGUCAAUCAAUGUGACGCUUCAAUGUUCAUUUCGAGGUUUGGGGCAUGUGUAACCCAUGUCUGGUCCACCCCCUGCACACACCGGAAUGAAAGUCGAGAGUGCUAGCCAUUGAGCUAAAAGGAGCGUGACUCUUUGGGCGUCAGGGAGUGAGGUUUACCACCAUACUAGAUGGCAUUCGUUACAUCUGUGACCCUGGCGACGUCAGUGGCGCUAAACGUGUUUGUGUCGUUUGCGUUCCUUUUGUCCCGUGUCGUUAUGUCGAGACCAAAAUGUGUGGAGAGUCUUGUCGCGUCUUUGUACACGUUCUCUGUCAGCUUUGGCUAACUGCUAACAGCUGUUAUUGUGCCAACUUUGACCAGCGAGUGUCUUUCUCCUUCCUCGUCAACACUUCAACACAACGCGGCGCGGCGUGUCGUUGUGGGUGACGAAUGUAAAUGCAGCUAGCUGUCAGCAAGCAGGGGGGAGGAAGGUGUUGUUUCAUUUGGGCACUUUAUGAUUCAUAAAGUCUUUUAUUUGUGUAAAUAUUGACAUUGUUAGCCAAAGGGUUGAGCUCAGGGGUGUCCAAAGUGCGGCCCGGGGCUUCUUUUUUUGUUCGCCCUAUAUUUGGCAUACAGUAAUCCCUUGCCGCUUCGAUUGAAUACGGCCUACGCGUCAUCAAAAAUACGCAUAUUUAAGCAAAUUGUAUGUGUUUUUUGCUUAAAUGAAGCAUUUUGAUGCAUAAAAAUUGCUAAAUGAAGUGAAAUACUAAUAUAAGGCAUUCAGAAGAUGCAUUUUUGUGAUUAGAUGUAGUAUUCUGCACUGGUCACUAGGUAUCAGUAAUGCUACAUUGAUGAGACAAUAGCCAACACAGGAAGUACUGUACAGAACAGGAGUUAAAAUUUUUAAAAAGAACAACAAGGUUCAGGUUCUUAUUAGGUCUACUAUAUUGGGUAAUAGCAGUAAAGGUGACUAUCGGGUGUUAUUUUGUGUCUCGAGGGCUUGCAUAAUGUUAAAAUGCGUAUUUAGAAGGUCGUAAACACAUUUUCUAUGACCUAACUACGAAAAUAUUCCAUUCAUUAAUAAGGAAUCCUACUUUGCGGAAAUUCACGAUCACGGUCGGGUCUGGAACCGAUUAACCGCGAUAAGCGAGGGAUUACUGUAACACAAAGCUAAGAUGUGGAUGUUUUGUUCAGAUAGUUUAGCUUAUACUGUUUGCAUUAAAAACUUUGGACACCCCUGGUGUAGGCUUGACGGAUGAGGGCGGGCAGGAACGAUGGCGUUUGUAGCGUUAGCGCUAGCACCUGCAUGCCCGACGAAAAACAGUCACUAAGGCCUAGCAUGAGCGCGAAGCUGCAUGCGAUGACGGCGAAGCGCUAAAUGGGAAACACGAUGUAGCGUUCAUCUUUUAGCGUUUAAAGUCCGAACAGUUUUUCAUUUUUUUGAGGCUAGACUUCAGGACACACACGCCAUUGAAUGAAAUUAUAAUUAUUUGAAAGCGUUGAGGCCUCAGGUUUGCCGGUAGCAGCACUGCAGGGAAAUAAUAACAAUUAUUACUGUUAUGAUUCUAUUUUUUACAGAGCUACAUUGUGUAAAGCAAUAAACUCAAAGCUGCAGUCGGGGCAGUUUUUUAAAGAUCCGCCAUUGAAAACACGCUAGCUUCUUCAGUGUUGACGCACAUGAAAAUCUCUUAACUCACUUUUGCAAAAGGCGUUUUUCAACCACAUGUUCUUGUACAACUACACUGUAUCACAACUGUUUCUAAUAUCUUCACCCUCUCACGUAGCUUAAUAAGGUCACCAAAAUAUUAGAAACAACACAAUAAUAAAUGUAUUGUUAUGUUAUGUGUCAUCAUCAAGGCUUGUUGUCACUGCUAAAUACACUGCAGAUGUAUUAUUAUGGGAUACAAUAUAUUUAUUUAGAUGAUUUUUCAUGUAAGCCGUGGAGCGGCUGCUUGGACGGCGAGGGGCUGCUUUCCGAAAUACAAACAAAUGCAAGCUCUAGUAGAAAUAUUUCAUAUUUAGUACAAACCAAGCAGCGGAGGAAGUGUCAGUGUUUCUUUCUGAAUGUUUUUCGGUGCCAAAAACUUUGUUUGCAGGGCUAACUGAGAAUCACUGAGUUUACAAACUCGUCCAAACGGCAGAUGAAUGACUUUCAAGUCACCUUGAGUCGCCGUUAGCGGCUAGCCUAGCUUCCUAGUGGUAAAGUGUGGCUGUGUCUCUCACAUGGAAUACUUCCGUCAGUACACUUCAAUAAGUAUACUGUGGCUGUGCACUUCCACACUUACACUUAGUAUUAUGAGUGCAAGUGUGCUCACGCUGAGGCAUAUGGCAAAAUUCAGUGCACUCAACACAUUGCAAAUGGUGAGUGCAGUGACGCACACUUACCACCCUCAAUAGUGGCCAUCUUGGCUACGUGACGGAAGCAGUGGCACUAACUUGAGUGGUUGCAAUUCACACUUAAAAAGGAGUGGAAAUAGACGAAUAUUGGGAUCAUCAUUUCUGGUAAGUGCACAACGAGAAUAGUAAAUUUGGAACAGCACUACACUGUCAAACUGCACUCAGGAACUAAGUACGCAGUGUACACUGUAUACUUAUUGAAGUGUAAGUCAGCAAGUGCGUAUUUAAACAGCCUGCGUCUCAAAUGGAAUACUUCCAUCAGUACACUUUGAUAAGUACAGUAUACUGUGGCUGUGUUUCAUUUCCCGCACUCAAGUGCAUAAGUGCGCUCAUGCUCAGAUUUAUGGCAAAAUGCAGUACACUGACAGUACCCGGAUGUUUCACUCAACACGUCUCAAAUUGUGAGCGUACACCCUGGACACUUAACACCCUCAGUAGUCGCCCUCUUGGCUACAAAGUGGAAGGGGGAGGGACUAACUUGAAUGGUUGAAAUUCACAAUUAAAUAGGAGAGGAGGCAAAUAAACAUUGCGAUCCUCAUUUCUGGUAAGUGCGCAAUGAAAGAAGUGGAUUUGGAACAGCACUGCACUGUCAACAUUUGCGGCCUCAUACUGUAAGUACGCAGUGUAAACAGUAUACUUAUUGAUGUGUAAGUCAGCAAGUGUGCACUUCAAUAUGUAUACUGUGUGUGUAACCCGCCCGGGCCACCCCGCCCUGCACACACCCGGGGCUCGAACCACGGUCCAUCGAAUGAGAGUUGACAGUGCUAGGCAUUGAGCUGUCAACUCUACGUCCAGCGCGACUCUUAAGGCUUCGGGGACUGAGGUUUACAACCAUACUCUCCUGAGUACCUGAGUGCGCAAGUUUUGACAGUGGAGUGUAGCUGUGGCAAAUCCAUUACCGUCAUUGUGCACUUACCGGAAAUGAUGAUUACAAUAUUUAUGCACUUCUUCUUUUCUCCUUUUUAUAGUGAAUUGCAACCCCUCAAGUUAGUUCCUCCCCUUCCACUAUAUAGUCAAUAUGGUGACUCUUGAGGUUGCACACUAACCAUUUAGGGCGUGUUGAGUGCAGACUUCUCAGUGUGAACGUACUUAUGCCCUCAAAAGGCCUAAGUACGUAAGUGCACCGAUUGAGACGCAGUUUGUGUGCUUUGAACAAUGUUAGAUGACUUUAAGCGGAACUGCUAUAAUCUGACCUGUUUAACUUGCUGUUUCUUGAUGACGGCAUUCAACUGUAGCGACACACGACGACGUUAUUAAAGUCGUUGUGAUUUGAGGGAACUUCCUGGUCACAUGACAAAAUGUGGCGGCCUUGGCGGAGGUCUGCUCAUGCUAUAUUUAGGGUUAGACUCAGUCAGCGGAGGCCUUAAACACACCACAAGGACUAACAUAACAAAAAAAAAAGCAUAGAUGUUUGAUUUGUGAACUGACAAAGCUGUCUGUCACAUUCGGGAAUGAAUACGAAAAUGAUUCAGCAACACUUUUUCCUAACAAGACAAAUGUAUUUCUUAACAGUCAACUUCUGCUCCUGUUUGUUUUGUCUAUGAUUGUUUGAAUGCACAUGAUAUUUUGUGACUUGGACUAAAUAAAGUACAAUGACAAAUGCAAAAAAUGAAUCAAAUGCGUCUCUUCCUUUGUCUUUUUCGAGCUAUUUGCAUCAUUUAGGACUUUUUAUUACAUUUUUUCAUCCAUCCAUCAUAAAGCUUGCAUUACCUGUUCAGACCGUGUUUUAAGUCACGUUUCAACUGCCAUACAAGUGUAAAAAGAAGUUAUCCACUGUUGAUAAGUAACGCAUUUAAACCAACAAUUAACCAAAAUUCUCUUCACAAAGGAUUAACACAGUUGACUUUGAGGUGUACAUUGUGUCGUACAGUCCCUACAAUCCCUGUUUUACCCAAACUCUAAUCCCUAACCCCAGCCGAUACCUGUAACCCCCACUCUAACCCUAACCCUAAUCCUACCCUAACCACUAACCCUGACAUAACCAUAUCUCUCACCCUAACCAAACCCAAAUCCUGAACCCGGACGAGUAACCCUAACCCUAAAUCCUAACUCAAACCUAACCCAAUCCUAACACUAACUCUAAUUCUACCCUAUCCCCUCACCCUCAUUCUACCCAACCCCAACUCUAACCCUAAUCUUUAACCCGUGAUCCUAACCCUAAAUCCUAACUCUAACUCUAACCCUAACCCAACCCUAACGCUAACUCUAACUCUA